AUGGAUAAGGAAAAAACAAAAAUGGAGGAAUGUGACCACACGGAUAAGGAUGAUGAAUCUGUUAGUGACGAUAACAAUAAGAAGGACGAAUCUGAAAAAGGGGUAACACUAAAUACAAUGGAAAAGAAAAGAGGUGAAAAAAGAAAAUUGAACAUUAUUGAGGACAAAAAUUUAAGUGGUAACGAAAUAGGAGACGAAAUAACUUGUAUGAAUAACUUAGAACAUAUGGGCAGUGCCAAUAGAGAGUCUGAAGAAUGCCAAAGCAAUGAAAAUGAAUGUAAAUCGGGAAGUUCGAAAAAGAACUCGGAUAAUUGUUAUGAAAAGGAAAAUGCCGAUGCAGAUACAAAUCCAGACCCAAGCACAAAUUCAGAUGAGAAGCUUAAUGCUGCAUCAAAUGAUAUCUCCAAUGAGAAAAGCAAAACUACAGAGAACAACGCACCCACACUUGAUAUUGAAAAAAAAGAAACAUUUUACAGUCAAACAAAAUUCGAAGAACUAAACAUAUGUGAAUCAUUAAAAAAAGGAUUAAAGGAGCUAAAUUUUGUAACCCUAACAGAAAUUCAAGCCAAAUGUAUUCCACAUUUUUUAAACGGAAAAGAUAUACUAGGAGCAGCCAAAACUGGGUCAGGAAAAACCUUAGCAUUUCUUGUACCAUCCAUAAACAUUUUAUAUAAUAUUAAAUUUUUACCAAAAAAUGGAACAGGAGUAUUAAUAAUAUCUCCAACAAGAGAACUAUGUCUUCAAAUAUAUCAAGUAUGUAAAGAUUUAUGCAAAUAUAUUCCCCAAACAAAUGGGAUAAUUAUCGGUGGAACAAGUAGGAAUGAAGAAAAAAAAAAAUUUAUUCAUGGCAUAAAUAUAUUGAUUGCAACACCCGGUAGAUUACUAGAUCAUAUGCAAAAUACAAAAGAAUUUAUUUAUAAAAAUUUAAUAUCCCUAAUUAUAGAUGAAGCCGAUAGAUUGCUUCAAAUUGGUUUUGAAGAAGAAAUUAAUUUAAUUAUAAAAAGACUACCGAAAAAAAGACAAACUGCCUUAUUUUCAGCUACUCAAACAACCAAAGUCGAAAAUUUAAUAAGGCUUUCUCUUCAGAAACCUGUAUUUAUAGAAGUAACAACUAAAAUUGCCACUGUUGAAAGAUUACAACAAGGAUAUGCUUUAGUUGAUGAGGAUAAAAGAUUUCUUUUGUUAUUUACAUUUUUAAAAAGAAAUCUUUCGAAAAAAAUUAUGGUCUUCUUUAACAAUUGUAUGUCUGUUCAAUUUUAUAACGAUUUGUUAAAUUAUAUUGAUAUACCUACCUUUUGUAUUCAUGGAAAAAAAAAACAAAAUAAACGUCUUAAAAGUUUUAACGAAUUUUCCUCAGCGCAAAGUGCUAUUUUAUUAUGUACAAAUGUUGCUGCUAGAGGAUUGGAUAUUCCUAAUGUUAAUUAUAUUAUUCAGUAUGACCCCCCAGAUGAUUCCAAAGAGUAUAUACAUAGAGUAGGUAGGACAUGUAGAGGAAAAGAUUCAAGUGGUUCUGCUAUCAUAUUUCUUAUGAAACAUGAAUUAAAAUUUUUAAACUAUUUAAAAUUUUAUAACAUCCCAAUUAAUCAAUUUUCGUAUGACCCAAGUAAGCUCAUAAAUGUGCAAUCGCACAUACAGUCCAUUGUUACUAAAAAUUUCCACUUGCAUAAGAUGGCACGGGAUGCCUUUAAAUCAUAUUUAAAUGGUUACAUUACCUAUGCACUGAAGGAUGUUUUCGACGUGAACAAUUUGAAUUUGCUCUUGACUUCGAAGAAUUUUGGGUUGGAAGUUCCACCAAAAGUUGAUUUAAAUUUAAAAUUAAAUGUCAAAAAAAGGAAGUUUAAGUAG